AUGGGUGCCCCCGCGACAGAAGUAACCAUCGUUCCCCUGGCGAAGGGUGCGGAUCCACGCGUUGAGGAUAGCGAGGCAGCAAUAACCCUCGACAGGUCAAUCCAGGACACAAUUGUGCAGCCUGGGUACCGGCGCAUGGUAUGGGGUUUGGACAAAGAAGACCCUACUGUGAUUGUUAUGAUUGCUGGUGAGUCCUUUUUCGAGUAUCAGAUGAAAUCACAAGAUAACAUCAAGUUCGCAUGUAGGUGGGAUGCUUGUAACUGGGCUUCCAUGUAUCUGGCCCUCACUACCCUGCUUCCUUUAUACUUCUGCCCCAGCGAGCAAUAA